AUGUUUACUUUUAUUAUAAUUUUUCUGAUAAAUUUGAUAAUAAAUGUUUCCAAUCGAUCUUGCCAAACUAGCCACCUUACAGUCAAAGGUAUAAAAUACACUCUUAUUGCAUAUUUAACUACACCUAACUUAUAUUAAUGCUUAUUUUCCUAAUAUUUAUGUUAGAGAUUAGAAUCGGACUUCAAGGUACUAGGGAGGAUAGGAAAGGGUGGAUUCUCUAAGGUUUAUAAAGUGACCAACUUAUUGGAUAAGAACACUUAUGCUCUAAAAAAAAUCGAACUUAAAGCUAAGGAUAUCAAAGAUAGCCUUGAGAAGAAUAUCGAAAGAGCAUAAAGAGGUAAAGUAUUUUAAUCAUAAAGUUCCCCAGAAGCCAAAUACUUAGCCCGUCUAUCUCAUCCUAAAAUUAUUAGAUACUUCAAUUCUUGGGUUGAAGUUAUGCAAAACAAAUCAGAAUCAAAACUAAUUAGAAAGUAAGAGUAGGAUUAAAAUGAAUUUGAAAGAAAUAACUUUAGUUUUUGUGAUUCUCAAUCAAAUUCAAAGAAUGAUCUUGAAAAUUUGAUUAUGUUUAAAGAUGCUCAAAAUGAAUAAAUAAGCUAUUCAGAGUAAGAAAAUGAUAUCCAACCAAAAUCCAGAGUAAGUCGUCAGAAACAAAGUCACAAUACUUAAAGUAAGAAAUCAACAAGUCAAGAUGAGAAAAAAUUAGAGUUUGAUAAGAUCAUAUUCUAUAUCUAAACUGAAUUCUGUUAAGAAACACUUGAAAACUAUCUACAAAAAAGAAAUAAUGAAUUACUGAGACUCAAAAAAAAGAAGAUUGAAAAAUAUCAACUUAAACUUUAAAAUUACGAAAAAGAAGCUAAACUGAUAUUAGAAUAAAUUAUUAAAGGAUUAGACUAUUUACAUAAUGAAUGCAAACUAGUUCAUCGUGAUUUAAAACCAGGAAAUAUCUUUAUGAAUAGUCCAGAGGAUGUGAAAAUUGGAGAUUUCGGUCUAGUGACCAAAUUAAAACAAUUUUAUGAUUUCGAUGAUUAGGAUAAUGAUGAUGAUAUUUGCACCAAAAUGUAUGCAGCUCCAGAAUAAAUCACUUAAAAUAGAAAUAAAUCCUUCUAUGAUCAAAAAAGCGAUAUUUAUGCUUUGGGAUUAAUAAUAUUGUUAUUGUUUCAUCCAAUUUCUACUUCUAUGGAAAUGAUUAAAGUAAUUAAUGAUGCCAGAAAAGGCAUUUUGCCAUCGAUCCUCAGAGAUAAACAUAGCAAAAUAGCUGAAAUAAUAAUGGAAUGUUUAAAUAAUGAUCCUAAGCAAAGACCAAACAUUAAUGAAAUUACAUUUUAAGACUCGUCAAAAUCAUUGUCUUCAUCAAAGAAGAGCAGUAAUGAAUUUAACAGUGACACAACUGAUUAUUUUAUUAAAAAUAUUGGUAUAUGUUAAGUCAAAUUUGAAGAAGAGGAUGCCUAAGAGAAGUAUUUGAUUUUGAAUAGUAGAUAAAUUUAGAUUUUCAAAAACCAGAAAAGUUUAAAGGCUUAAAUGAUUUACAAUCUUAACGAAUGCAAUAUAUCUUAUAUUGAGAAUAGGAUUAUAAUCUAACACAGCUAACUAGAAAACUUCUCUUUCACAACUACGCAUAAUUAGUUAUAAGAUAUUUAUGAUCAAUUAUGUGAACUCACUUAAUCAUUCAAUUGA